UGUACAGAACCAGACGUGAAAAUAAUCAGAUCCUGUUCCAUAGUUCCUGUGAGCAGGCAAAAUAGAAAAAAAAAUAAAAACACCCCCUAAACGGGCAAAACUCGCAAAUGGUAUGAGGGUUCUUGCCUCUCACUAUUAGUGGAAUUUGUUAACGUAGCAAGCCCUGAAGUUCUGAAUGAAAUUCGGUGCGUUGCUUGCUGCAGGUGGCUACCAGACAGACAGAAAGUGGAAACGCGCGGUAGUUUGUGUGUGUGCUGUGGUGUGGUGUGGUGUGCUGUGAGGAGUGGAAAAGAGAACUCUCGUUUUCGCGAGAGCCACGUUCGAAAUUGGAUGGGUGGAUGCCUGGAAGAAGUCGCUGGGAACUGACACAAACGUGUGCUCCUUAGAGAUAAGACGGAAUUAAUUGUGGAAUUUUUAUAUGCGGAAAAAUUCAUGGAAUUGUUAGUUCAGCAACUAAUUGGACAUCUUCACGUACGUCGUUGGAAACGGUAAAACAAGCCUACUAGAUUUAAUUACUAGGUUUGGGUGGAUCUGUCACCGGAUGAGAAAAUUAGCUUUUUUGUACUGUGAAAUGAAAUAAAAGAAAUGGAAUAGGUGAGAAGUUUUGUUUCUAGCUCGGGCGAGUGAAAUUAAUGAAAGCGUUCUCGGAAGAAAAGUAAUUUUAUAUCCAUUUCGUAUUUCAUUAAAUACGAAUACGGAAUUCGACUGCUAUCACAGAUAAGAGGCAAUAGUGUAUUCUCAGUACUCCCUCUACGUGCGUAUGUGUAGUGCUACUGUGCUGUGUAUGUACAAUCUGUUGAAUGUUAUUGCGACUUUUCACUACAGUGUGUAAGAAAAGUGAACAACUAAUGAAUAUCUUGGAAAAUUAGGAAUGAACCUAUCGCUUCAUUCCGCUCGUGUCUAAUCCAAAUCAGUUGUGUCUGGGUGCGGAACAAGCGACGCAUAUGCUGCUAACAAAUAAUCAAAUAAACUAUUCGUAAGGAGGGAAUCCAUAGUGUAGCAGUGGAAGCAGAGCGGAACACAUAGAAGCCGAAAUGUACACACAAGGUCAUGAAUUUCUAUAAACAAGUGCACUCCGGUUGAACCCGGCCAGACAGAGGACCAUCGGCUGGUAGUUGGAUUGAUGGAAAACUCUUCAACAUGAAACUUGGUACUGAAGCUGCCAAGAGGAGGACAUUUCCCAGCCAGGUAAUGGGAUGCAUAGUCACGACACGAUUUGCUGCCACCAGAAAAUGUGUAUGAAUCGUUUGCUCUGCUUCAGCGUCAUCCUCCCAACAAUGCAACCGAAUAGUGGACGUGCCAUUAACAAAUCAUUAUCUGGUUGCUCCUUUCCGUUGGCGUGAAAGUGCUACAUUUAGUGUUAGUCAUGCAUAGUGAACAAGUCCAACUGGGCAUAAACUAGAUAACCUCAAUCGAAGAUUCAUACAUACAUACACUCGUAAUCGUGAAGAAUAGAACUUUAAAGCUCGUUCCAACCGAAGAAGAGAGCAGUGUUCUUGUGCCACCUGUUAGGAAAAAAAGGGAAAAGAGAACAAAAAAAGUUCCACACAAUGAGCUUCUUCAGUUCACUUCAACAGUACGUGACAAGUGGAGUUGCCGGAUUGGGACUGAACCCACGCCGGUUUUCGCUUUCCCGGCAGGAGUCCACGGAGGCCACAACGCCGGUGCCCUGUGCCAGCAGUCCCAGCCCGCUGAUGCUGAUGGAUCCGAGCAAAAUGAACAACACCGGUGGUAUCAUGCUGGGACCUCCUGGCACGGGCAGCUCCGUCGUCGGCAGCAGCGGUGCUGGGUACGGGAUGGGUCCAGGCGGUUCCGCCGGUGCGAAUUUAGGCUAUCCCAAAGUGGUGACACCAUGCGGACCCGGAGGCACAAUCGCAUCGGGAGGCGGAAGCACCACUGGCCCUGGUGGCGGUGGUGGUGGGGGUGCCACUAGUGGGGGCGGUGUAGGUGCCGUUGGUCCCGGAAGCAGCAAUAGUAUCUCCGUAGGCGGUAGUGGGCCCUCGAUGCGCCGACAAUCAUCAUCCCGUGGUUUGGAUGCACUGGUACCACCCGGUAGGCAGGGAUCGUUCCGGGGACGUAAUUCCCCAAGCAACCAAACGGCACCGGACAAACCAUCGUUCUCGGUCUGGAAACGGCGGCCCUCCUGGCCAGAGGUGGAAAUCAAAUCGACGUCCGGUCGCCGCCACCGGUUGUCCCCGAUGCCACUCAUUACGAUACAAGGGGAACCGGACCCGACCAGUACGGACAAAGACGGGAGCGUAACCGAGAUUGUCUAUCGGUUCGACAAAAUGAACCCACCCUAUAACAGUGUGCUUAGCGCCAAUAACAAUAGUGUGCAAGAGAACGAUGGAUCCUACUUCGAAAGCUUCACUGCCCUAUCGUGGAAAAACGAGAAUCGACGCUUGUCCGCGGUCCGAGCGGUGGAAACCCGUGCCGAAGUGCUGCCAGAGAAUGAUAACGACCGUCUGCUGGAGGACGACAUCGAACGUUCCGAGCAAAAGGAGCAUCUCUAUCUGGACGUGCUGUACGCGAUAGCCAAUACGGUGGGAGCGCCAGCACCGGGUGGGCAGUACAGCGAAAAAAAGCUACUGCAAUUCGCGCACUACAAAGAGGAAAUGUAUCUUCAGGCGCAGCGAGUGUUUAACGUAUCCGCCGACAGGCACUACCGGCUGCAGCAUGCUGCGAACGAGGAAAAACCCAAGAUUAUCGUGCUCACCGUGAUCGUCCAGGAAGCGGAAGGACUCGAAGCGAAGGAUGCGAAUGGUUUCAGCGAUCCAUAUUGUAUGCUAGGAAUACAACCAUCUGGUACCCCACCGCCACCCUCUCCGCAGCCCCCGCUGACACCCAGAACGCUCUCCGAUACCGGCAUGGACAGUCUGGAUUCACCGGAACAUGGGAAACUGCGAAAGCACCACAGCUUCCGGUUGAGCUUCAAGCGCAAAGAUGGCCGCCAGCAGAGAGACUCGGUCGGACCCGUACCUGCCAAAUUCAUACGAGCGACGUCGGUCAAACCGCACACGCUGUGUCCGAAGUGGAACGAAAAGUUUAAAUUCGACAUAGAUGACAUCCACUCGGACAUGCUACACUUGGACAUUUGGGACCACGACGAUGAAAGCAGUGUGCUAGAUGCUGUUUCGCGACUGAACGAAGUUAGAGGAGUUAGAGGACUAGGUAGAUUUUUCAAACAAGUGUGUCAAUCGGCACGCCAGGGUUCGCAGGACGAUUUUUUGGGUUGCAUCAAUAUCCCAGUCUGUGAUAUACCCUCGACUGGUUUGGAGGGCUGGUUCAAACUAGAGGCCCGUAGCUCACGCAGUUCUGUACAGGGCCGAAUACGGCUGAAGCUUUGGCUUUCAACGCGCGAGGAUCGCGGAAACUCCGAAGAAGACAACACCCUGGAGGUGAAAAAGUUCGAACGGCUUCAGACUAUUUUCAUGAUGCACGAACUACACGCUCACGAUCCGGCGUGGAAAUGGAAUGGUGAACUGGCAGGACCAUCGCUUACCAUUUUGCACCAAAUAGCAGUUCAAAGUGAUCUCUCCGAUCUUCAGAUCUCACUUGCAAAACUUGUGGCCAUCGUUCGUCUCAACCGCAAGAAACCAUUGGACACCAAAUUCAUCCACCGGCAACUGAUCGAGGUGGACAAACUGUGGGUCAACAACUACAACAAUGAACCGCUGACGCGAGAACUUGAACAGUGGCUAGCGGAUUCGUUGAACGGUUUCGUAGAACGCUCGCUUAGUCACAUGCGACGUCACCGGGAGGUGUUUCCCGCAUUACACCCACCGUCACUUGUACGGUUAGAGUUCCUGCUCCGGUGUCUGGGUCUACUCGGAUCCAUGCGAGCCUUUCGUCAGGUUAGUCCCUUCAGCAAAGGCGUUCGUGGAGAAAUUGUUGGAGCGUUACGCAAAGGCUCAAUCACCUGGUCCCAAGCGCAGCUUCGGGAAGCUCAACGUACACCGAAUCCUUUGGUUCACUAUACCACGAUCCUGAUAGCUGAUUUGCAACUUGGGGUGACGUACUAUCACUCGUUGUUCGACACAACUAAUGGAAUUCAGUACUUCAGCAUUGUCUACAAACAGUUUGAUUCUCUGGUAAGGCACUUCCUUUUCAAUUAUUCGACCCUAUCUCACCCUAACCCUAUUCCGGCACAGCUCUCCGAGGAAGUAACAAAUCGUAUCGAAUCCGGCCAACUACCGGGAACCAUCGUCAACCACUGGUCUAUACUGGAUAACGAUCGAGAACCGGACACGGCCCCGUUUGAGAUCUACUUCGCUCUGCAAGAGUUUCACAACAUGAAAUCGCACCUGUCGGUCACUCCCCAACCACCGGAAAAACCCCUGGGACUGCAAAACUUCCACGAAUGGUUCGAACCGGCCGUUCAACGAUGGAUCUCGGUCAGUAAAACGAAAGCUAUACAGCGAAUCAAGGCAGCUGUCAAUGUGGAUCAGCUGUGCGAAGGAGAACGGAUUGUGCGGCACAGUACAUCGGCCAUUGAUACGGCAUCCUGUUUCUACCAGAUCCGGGAGUUUUGGAGGAAUUUCGCCUGGCCGGAUCACGGCUCCGGCGCACACUACGAAGCGCUGAUCAUUGAUUUAGUUUGCACCACCGCAAACGUUUAUUCGGAUUUAGUUCAUCAAAAUCUAACGGAAAGCGGGUAUCAUGAUAAGACGGGACCACAGCGUACGGCUGACGAUAUGUGUGUGAUCGUUAACAAUUUGGAAUAUGUCCGACGGGCUUUGGCGGAUUUUCACCCGGAAACACACCAUCUGACGGAAAAUGCGGAGAAUUUAUUAGACAACACGAUUGCUCAACUGGAAAACAAAGCGGAUCGGAUGCUAGCGAAACUGACGGCUUCGAUGCAGGGACCGCUGCAGAAAGCCGUUUUCCAUCUAGCUUGGUCACCUGAUUCAUUACCUGCGAACCAAGCAGUGAUGCCACUGCUUGAGUAUCUUGACUCUCAUCUAGCAACACUGAAUGUUACGCUUUUAUCGCAAAACUUUUACCGUGCAAUGAGUCUCAUAUGGAACAACGUGUUGGCCGAGUUUGCGAAGCAAAUGGAUGCCGGUGGUGAGGGUGAUAAACCCAGCAAUUUCCACGAUCGGAUGUACGGAGCACUGCAACUGCUGGGCGAGUUCUUCAAUGCCGAAGGGCUUGGUCUUCCGCCGGAGAUUCUACACAGUGAUCUGUAUUGGCGGGUGGCUCAACGAUUACAGUAUCACAAAACGGACACCGAUCAGUUGAUCGAUCUGUUCUAUCUUCAAAGACUGCACGAGCAGCUGAACACGGUUGGACCGGUUGGGCUGGGCGUUUUGUCGGUGAAGGCUUACUUCAAUCAUGAUUCGUUGUGUGUUGAGGUGCUUCAUGCGAAAGAUGUCAUACCGCUGGAUCCGAAUGGAUUCAGUGAUCCGUUUGUGAUCGUCGAGUUAAUGCCGCGGCGGGUGUUUUCCCACUGUUCCGAGCAGCAGACCAACGUGCAUAAGAAAACUCUCCAUCCGGUCUUUGACGAAUGCUUUGAAUUUUCCAUCACACAAGAGCAGUGCCAAGCGGAAGCCGCCAUGAUCGUGUUCACCGUGAUGGACCAUGACGUGUUGACGGCGAAUGACUUUGCCGGGGAAGCGUUCCUGGCACUAACGAACAUCCCCGGUGUGGCCAGCAACUUCAACAUGAACAUCGAGAACUUUGACUGUGUGGCUCAAAUCGAUCUGCCGCUGUUGGAAAUGAAGGACAAAAGUCACCCUAUUUUGCUGAUUCUUGAAGGAAGAGUUAACGAUAAGAACGCCAUGGAAUUUUUGAGGAAACAGAAAGCACGAGUUGUAGGCUAAAUAUUUUCUGUAAAAAAAGAUAAAUUAUUAAAAUCAAACAACUAUGUCAAUCAGAAAAGAAAGAUUUUAUACAAACUAAGCGUUUUGUGCAGAAAAAACACAUCACUCUGCUUUUGAAAUUGGCCAAUACUUUUAUCUACAAAAGAAAGUGAAUAUUUCCACGACAGCUAAUUUUGUAUGAACAUUACCGAUGGGACUCUGUCUCGAACGAGUAAUCAAUGCCUUUACUACGAUAUGAGCUAUCUAGCAUCCGUGUAAAUCUAUCCACUCCAUUUGCCAUACAUCCCCAUAGAAAACCACACAGGGUGUAGUACUAGAACCUGUGAGUUAGAAAGUGUAGUGAAUCCCAAGCAAAAAAAGAGACUAAUCUGUACUACUAAGAUGCACAAUAUGUACUAUCGUUUUGUUUUUACGAAAGAGCAUAUUUUUAUACGAGUCUGAUUUGAAAUCUAUACAAAUACAGGAUAUCGUUAAGUUUAGCUAUGUAAAACAAAUCUUGUACAUUCGAGUCUUUGUAAAGUAAACUUUAGAGAUGCUAUACAUAUAAGUUUAUACAAAAAAAACUAACUAUUGACAGCGUAGUGAAACGAAUCAAGUCUUUGAAAGUUGAAAACUUUUUUUCUAAUCUUCAAAAAGGGACAAAACGAAACGGGACAAGAAAUACAACAAAAAAACAAUUAACUCUUAAGCUGUAAAUUUUCUCGAACAAACUGCAGAUAUUUUCUUAUGAAUGAAUAACAUACUUAAACAAACGCAAAAUCAUGGAACCGGUCGCGUUCCCGCGAACGAAGGACCGGCCUUUCCGCUUGUAUAAAUGGGAUUUGUUUAAUACAACAUACACAAACACACAUGCAUACUAGCCACAAUAUGUACCACUGAUGCAUAACACACGCCCGCACACGUGCAGUAAUCAAUGUGUGUACUAAAAACGAAAGUUUUUUUUUUAUUUCACGUGUUUAGUUAAAAAAUCAUGAAAAAACAGAAUCAACAAUCAAGCCAAUUUAGAAAGCGUCUCGUUCAAACCAAAUGAAGUAAUAUUUUGAAAAAUGGGGAAUAAUUACGGCGUAGGAUUUGCUUAUCACUAUCAAAAAUGGUUCAUGUGGAUGCUGACUCCAAACCUUCUAAGCCUUUCUUUUCGAAUAUACAUCCGACAGGUACAGUUUUUUGAGAUUUCAAUCCACAAUUGUUCAACGAUUGACCUUUCGGGAAUCCUUCUAAAAAGUGUUGCAAUAUCCACAUCAGGAUGAAGAAAUAUGACAUUUUAUACUCCGUCACAUAUGAGAUAGAUCGAAGCAGGCACAGUUAUAAACCUUUCCUUUCCGCGAAGACGACGUAUCAAGAAGACUGACAUCUGCUUCCUUCCCCCCAUACGAAUGAGAAGCGACAGAAGGUGCACAAAAAUUACAAAUCACAGGAGGCGAAGCUGAAAAGUGACUUUUUUCACUCUGAAGAAAUAAUUCAUUUGAACCAGAAGUCAAUUUGAUUUUAGGAAGUUGAAUAUUUAUAAUUUAAUAAAAGCGGCAGUUAGUAUUUUUGCAACUCAGUUUUAGUAGUGAAAUAAUUCACUUUGAUUGCACCGGUACGUGUCUGUACUGAUCGGACCUGGAACUGGAUAGGAACUGAAAUUGGAGUUCCGUUCCCAGCACGCAACUACAGUGAGUCUGUUCAGUUUCCCGCAGAAGAGCACUGUCCCCGCUAUUUGCUACCAGGAAGUAGCCUACAGAUAUGUGUGCGUGCUUCACUACGGAAAAUUGCAGCUUUACCAAGAAUGUUGCUGUUACUGUCUCCACAUUCUGAACAGAGCUGCAAGUCUUCUUGAUAUGUAGUCUUCGCUUUCUGACAUGCAAGUCCAAUACACCAACAUUAAAAAACACGAGCUGUAGCAAGACUUCCGUUAGCCAAUGGGUUGGCACCUUCAAAAGAACUUCAUCAAAAUUAGUUUUUACCUUUCUUAUUUUGACUAUUUUAACAUAGUAAAGUAAAACAGACAAAUCAUGUGCUCAUUCACUGAAACAAUUGAUUCAUUAGCUGUACACAUAAUGAUAGUAAAUGUCGAGCUUAGAUGUAAAAAACGCUCAUCGCCAACAACACACUACACCCUUCCAGAAAACUCCAUUGCUAAGGCAAUCAAUGUCAAAAUUUCCCAUCAAACAAUCAGAACAAAUGUAGUGAACAUUUUUCGCCAAUAUUAAGGGGAAAGCUUUAAAAAAAACUACACACACACACUAACGAAACCUCAAAACUAAAACGGCACAAACGCAAAGUUUCUCGGGAUGUACCUAAAAGUGAGCUGAAAGAAUGGAACAAUUUCUCUUCGUUCGAUUUUUAGACAUAUUUUAUUUCUACACCUGCUUUUACAUCCAACACUUUCCCAACUUCAAGUUUUUCCCAUGUUUUCGAUAAUUCGGAAACAGCCCCCCGUUUAACCAGGCAGAUGACAUACCAAAGAAAAACCACCCCGUAGCCUUCACAUUUUGCAUGCACCACUUGAAACUAUUGUAGGGAAAACAGUCUUUAUAUAUACACAACUAUUAACCAGUAGGUAACGUUUUUAAAUUGUCGUAAUCAUACAAAUGUGAGCCAAAGAACAACUAGACUAGAAGCGCAUUUUGUAAAUAAACUCAAACCAAACUGUUCAAUGUCUUAGGGAUUCAACAAUCAUGUAACGAUGUACGAUAAUAGAUUCCAUGUCGUAGUAUUAUGAGAAAUGUAUUUAAGUUAAAUGAUCAGAUUCUUUAUCAACGUUUUUUCCAUAAUAUUUAUUACAAAAAAAAUUGUCAUUUUUAACAAACUAAUACAAUUCCUUAAUUCGCCCUACUUUGCUGUACACUACUGCGCCAAUUAACUAAACAUUAGUAAACGAGUACUGUAUGAUAUGUAAGCGAAAGGAAUGUACACAUUAUCAAAAAUUUAUAGCACACUGCGUAUUGUCUAUCAAAUACAAAUACACACACAGACAAACAGAAAUCAAACGUCCUUUCGGAAUCGAAUUAAGUGAUGUGACAAAAUUGUCGGUAUUCGUUCGAUUGGUCGAUGCUGGUAUAUACUUAAUUUGUUGGUAUGAUAAGUCAAACUUUUUUCACCACCAAUUGGAAGCGGCUGCUAAAACAUAACAAAACAGAAACGGUAUGCACCCAUUCGGAUUUGACGCAAAUCAUUUGUGAAAUAUAUAUAUGGCUCCGUGAAGCACAAUGUCUGUGGCGGAAAAAAAUGUACGCAUUGUGGAAAUAUUUUUCGAAAAUAAAUAAUAAAGCAAAUAUCUGUUCAUCUA